GAAAUCACUGCGCAAGCAAUGUGAAAUAUUUGCGAUGUAAACAUCGAAUCACAAUUAAACAAAUAAGAGAAGUAAACGCUUUUUAAUAUCGCCGAUCAGAUGGAACUAUUGUGUUUACUUAAUGCAAUGAUAUUUUCUUGAAAUGACAAAAGUAUUCGGUCACAUCACUGUGUUGCUGAUUAACUGGAGAAAAUUCGCAAAAUUCUGAUUUUUGAAAUCGAAAGUAGAAUAAUAAAUUUACGCCCAAAUUUUAAGUAUAAUGGCAACGGGUGGACAGAUCGUUUCCAACCAAUUCAAUUCAAGCGAUGCCAUCGAACCAAGUGUUGUCAUCCGAUCAUGUGAGCCGUGUAGCAGAGACGGCUCCGCAACAAAAGCAACUGUUUUCUGCAAGGUUUGUAAGGAGAUACUUUGUGAUGAGUGCAGUAGACCACACACAAAAUACAAACCUGGGAGGCAUGACAUAGUCAAUAUUCAGGACAUGGGUUCAGCCGCAGUGAUGGUUGAUAUGAAAGAUAUGGACGUUUGUGAGGAGCACGGCAAGGCAAUAGAAUUUUACUGCGAAGACCACUCGAAGCUGUGCUGCAGCACGUGUACAUUCACGCACCGGAAAUGUGACAAUGUUGAGGAAAUAGCGAGCAUGUCAUUGAAAAAUGAACCAGAGUUUCAGGCAAUUAAACACGCAUUGAUAAAAAUAGAAUCUGAAGCUGCUUCUAUGAUAGCUGACUGUGAGAAGUCAAGGGGUGAAUUGAAUGAAUCCAUCGCAAAUGUAUACAAUGAAGGAAAAAAGAUUAUAGACCGUAUUGUAAAACUUUUAGAAGAAGCUCAACAGAAGAUGUUUACUGAGACAAAUCAAUUUAAGGCCAAAGUGUCUAUUCAACUUGACGAAAAACAUACAGCCGCUACAAAAAUAAAAGAACGAAUAGAUCAGAUAUUACCGAUGUAUUCUGCUAUUCUAGAACACGGUACACCUGAGCAAAAGUACAUAUUUUCUCAGAAGACCAAAGAACAACACAACGCUAUUGAAACACUUAUCGAUUCAAAAACAAAUGCACCAGUUACAACAAACAUUUCACUGUCGUUUUCAUGGGAACUGCAAGCACUUCUUGGAAUGGAGAACCCAAUUUUUCAAAUGAAUUUCGAUCAGCAAUGUGCAGAGAUAGAUUCUGAGGGUGUGAUAUUUGGUGAGAUAUUGGAUGGUGGUGCCCAGACUGAGCUUAUCCAGGAUACCCAACAGUUCUAUGACAACCAUACUCCUCUAAGCAAUUGCACUGCUCUUCUUGAAGAGGAGCAGGUGGAGACACCAUACAGCCCCAAGUCUGAGCCCGAAAAAGUGGUUGAUGUGAAAGAGGAUGUAGCCCCCUAUGACACGGUGGUCCACAAGGAGGAACCCAAACUGGAAACUGUGCAUCUGGAGAAGGAGCCACAGCACACCCAUGAGAAGCCUCAAAUGCCGCCAUUCUCGUGGGCUGCCUUGGUCAGAUUGAACACCAACAGUGCAGCCCAUGUGUCUCAAAUGCCUGGUCAGCCUGUAGCUCAGUCAAAGCCUGCGCCGGGCUUUAGGACACGGCAAGAGGUGAAACAGCACUCAAGUCCAACUCUGCAGGAACACAGAGACCCAAGACCUGGUCGCGAUCGUUCUGGUCGGGGGCGUGAUCGCAUCAGCACAGGCGGUGAGGAUGGAGACAGAACUAUGAACCGCUACUAUGGUAAUCGAUUUCCGGACAGCCACCAGUUGUUCGUUGGCAACUUGCCACACAAUGUCGGAGAAAAAGACCUGAAGGAAUUCUUUGAAGCAUAUGGUUCAGUUGUUGAAACCCGCAUCAAUCAAAAGGGAACAUGUGGAAAAAUUCCGAACUAUGGUUUUGUUGUCUUUGAAACCAGAGAGCCAGUGGAGAAUAUUCUUAAAAAAACUUCUCAAGGACAGUUUAUAAAGUACAAUGAGCAGCGUCUUAACAUAGGCGAAAAGAUACCUAUUAAAGAAGGUCGUCCUAUGGGUCGAGACCCCCCACCCCGGUCAGGCAGUACAGUUGGCGGUGGGGGAGGGUUUAGCAGUCGUGGAGGAAGUGCAGGAAGGGGUAUGGGCCCUAGGGGCGGACCCCCGGGGAUGAGAUAUGGGAAUCGUGGAGGGGGCGGAAUGAUUUAGGAUGGAGAAGGAGGAGGUGGUGGGAUAGGCGGGCAAAGGCGCUGAGGAAGGUUGAAGUGGUGGGUGGGGAAACAUGAAGUAUGUGGGGAUGUUGAUGGUGCUUUGUGCAAAAUGGUUAAGAAAGUAUGCAAUUCUGAGUGUGGUGAGGACGUAUCAUAUAACAAUCACCGUUUAUUUACAAAGUUGAUUUUUACUAGAAUUCAAGAUGUGCUUUGAGCAGCCGAGUGUUUAUGUGCGAUUGAAAUUCAAUAAAUAAGCAUUCAGUUUGCCUGUGAUCAGUUACACACAAACAACUAUUUAUCUUAUGUAUUUCUGUUUUUGUACCAACAUUCUAUGUGACCUGUGUGAAGAUUACAAAGGACUAGGAAUUUCCAUGAUCAUUUUGAACUUUUCAAUCCAAUUCCAUCAUUGAGAGUUUUACUUAUAUGCUAUUACAAAGCUAAUACCUUGUGCAGCAUACAGUUUCAUGAACAUUGUAAAUAAGGUAUGAUCAUUAAACAAGCAUUCUUAACUAUCAUUCUUUGAUGUGUUGUCUUGAUUUCAUAUUUCACCAUACAUCUUUUCAAAAUC